UAUAAAAUGCAGAACAUGGACCGUGAGAUUCGUAUAUGGGCCCCGUUGAAGCAUCAAUAUGUAUUGCCCUUACAUGGCAUUAUAAAGCAAUUUGGCUCAUUUCCAGCAUUGGUUUCCCCCUGGAUGCCGAACGGGACUUUGAAUUCUUACCUUAAUCGUGCGCAUGAGACCCUCUCGAUGAUGGAUAGGCUUCGCCUCCUUAAACAAAUCACGGAGGGGCUCCAGUAUCUUCAUGACAACGACGUGAUACACGGUGACCUCACCAACAAUAAUAUUCUGGUUGCUGCCGAUGGAUCCCCUCGUCUUGCAGAUUUCGGUAUCUCGAAUGUCAUAGUGCAAUCCAAACCUGCCUUCGACUACCACACAGGUGCAGUACGUUGGGUCGCUCCAGAGCUCAUCGACCCCCCGGAAGAUCAACCCAUACAAUGCGCAACCAAAUCUACCGACAUAUACUCUCUCGGCGGUGUCAUGCUUCAGGUCCUAUAUGGGAAACAACCUUACUGGUGGCUGAAGAGCGCCAUAGAUGUUGUUCAUGCUAAGUUGAGACAAGCAGAGCCCAUCAAUUCCUCCAUCGAAAUCCAACCCAAUCACCUGGAUUUCAUGCGGCGGUGUUGG